ACGCAGUGCGUUGAAGCGGCCCGCGGUGCCAUUGAGCUUGACAGGCGGCGACAAGAUCGAGGGGGGACGAGAGAGACAGAGAGAGUGGGGGAAAGCAAGUUCCAAUCCGUCUUCCAGAGACCCUUCUCUUCCGAGCUGAUAAUGGCUUCGGACCAAAAGCUCUUUGCAUUUGAGGAGGUCGAGAAGCACAAUCAAACCAAGGAUUGUUGGCUUAUUAUCUCGGGGAAGGUGUAUGAUGUAACGCCAUUUAUGGAUGAUCAUCCUGGAGGAGAUGAAGUUUUGCUAUCAGCAACUGGAAAGGAUGCAACGAAUGACUUUGAAGAUGUUGGCCACAGUGAUGAAGCUAGAGAAAUGAUGGAUAAGUACUACAUUGGUGAGAUUGAUGCAUCAAGCAUUCCUUCCAAGCGCACUUACAUCCCCCCGCAGCAACCCAAUUACAAUCACGACAAGACUCCGGAAUUUAUUAUCAAGAUUUUGCAGUUUCUCGUUCCUCUUCUUAUCUUGGGCUUGGCAUUUGCCGUGCGGCACUACACGAAGAAAGAGCAGGACUGAGAACUACCGCUUGGAGAUACCCUCUCAUGAGGAGGGAACUGUUUGUCUUGCAGUAGUCUUUAGUUGUUUGAAAAAUCAUAAUUUGGGGUUCUGUCGUGGCAGGCAGUUUGUCACGAGACCUAAAUGUCAUUGGUGGACCCCCAUGGAUGAUGGUCAGUUGUCCCCAGGGUCGGAACAUCUUCUCUCUCUUUCCCCAUCUCUCAAUCGGAUGUUCUGUUUCAGCUUGGACCUGCCAUUUUCUUGCACUUCGUUGGUUUUUCUUCCAAAGGUGCUUUCAGAGAUUGUUCUCAUAUCUUUCCUUGUUCA